AUGGCGGGGGGCCGGAGGGGACUUGUGGCCCCUCAAAAUACUUUUUUGGAGAAUAUUGUGAGACGGUCGAACGAUACCAACUUUGUCCUUGGAAAUGCUCAAAUAGUGGAUUGGCCCAUUGUCUACAGCAACGAUGGGUUCUGCAAAUUGUCGGGCUACCACAGAGCAGAGGUCAUGCAGAAAAGCAGCACCUGCAGCUUUAUGUAUGGGGAGCUCACAGACAAGGACACGACUGAAAAAGUGCGACUAACGUUUGAGAACUACGAGAUGAAUUCAUUUGAAAUACUAAUGUACAAGAAGAACAGGACGCCUGUUUGGUUCUUUGUCAAAAUUGCUCCCAUUCGCAACGAACAAGAGAAAGUGGUCCUGUUUCUCUGCACGUUCAGUGACAUCACGGCCUUUAAACAGCCCAUCGAAGAUGAUUCUUCCAAAGGCUGGGGAAAGUUUGCUCGUCUGACUCGUGCCCUAACUAGCAGUAGGGGAGUGUUACAGCAGCUGCAGCCCACAGUGCACAAAGGAGAGAAUGUCCACAAGCACUCCCGCUUAGCUGAGGUUCUGCAGCUCGGAUCAGAUAUUCUACCUCAGUAUAAGCAAGAGACCCCCAAGACCCCUCCUCACAUCAUCCUCCACUAUUGCCUCUUCAAGACCACCUGGGACUGGGUAAUCCUCAUCCUCACGUUUUACACAGCCAUCAUGGUGCCCUACAACGUCUCCUUCAAGACGAAGCAGAACAACGUGACGUGGCUGGUGGUGGACAGUAUUGUGGACGUCAUCUUCUUGGUGGACAUUGUUUUAAACUUCCACACAACCUUUGUGGGACCCGCUGGCGAAGUAAUUUCAGACCCAAAACUGAUUCGAAUGAACUACCUGAAGACGUGGUUUGUCAUUGACCUGCUGUCCUGCCUGCCGUAUGACGUCAUCAACGCCUUUGAGAACGUAGACGAGGGGAUCAGCAGUCUGUUCAGCUCACUGAAGGUGGUGCGACUGCUCCGUUUGGGUCGGGUCGCUCGCAAACUGGAUCACUACAUUGAGUAUGGGGCAGCUGUGCUGGUCCUGCUGGUGUGUGUUUUUGGACUGGCCGCUCACUGGCUAGCCUGCAUUUGGUACAGCAUUGGCGAUUAUGAGGUUAUUGAUGAAGAAACCAAUAUUGUGCGUGUGGAUAGUUGGCUCUAUAUCCUGGCUGAGACGGUGGGGACGCCGUACCGCUUCAAUGCCAGUGGGUCAGGAAAGUGGGAAGGUGGCCCGAACAAGGACUCUGUCUAUAUCACAUCCUUAUACUUCACCAUGACCAGCCUGACCAGCAUCGGCUUUGGAAACAUCGCCCCAACUACAGAUGGAGAGAAAAUCUUUGCCGUGGCUAUGAUGAUGAUUGGAUCCCUCCUUUAUGCCACCAUCUUCGGUAACGUGACAACCAUCUUCCAGCAAAUGUAUGCCAACACCAAUCGUUACCAUGAGAUGCUGAACAGCGUCCGUGACUUCCUGAAACUCUACCAGGUGCCCAAGGGCUUGAGUGAAAGGGUGAUGGACUAUAUCGCAUCCACCUGGUCUAUGUCUCGGGGCAUAGAUACUGAAAAGGUGUUGCAGAUCUGCCCCAAGGACAUGAGAGCAGACAUUUGUGUUCAUCUCAACCGGAAAGUUUUUAAGGAGCAUCCGGCGUUCCGAUUGGCCAGCGACGGGUGCCUCAGAGCGCUGGCCAUGGAGUUUCAGACUAUCCACUGUGCCCCCGGGGAUCUGAUCUACCAUGCGGGGGAAAGUGUGGACAGCCUUUGUUUUGUGGUGUCGGGAUCACUGGAGGUCAUUCAGGAUGAUGAGGUGGUGGCCAUUUUAGGCAAGGGAGAUGUAUUUGGGGAUGUUUUCUGGAAAGAAGUGACUCUUGCCCAAGCCUGUGCCAAUGUUCGAGCGCUGACCUACUGUGACCUCCACGUCAUUAAACGUGAUGCUCUGCAGAAGGUGCUGGAGUUCUACACCGCAUUCUCUAACCAUUUCUCAAGAAACCUGCUGCUAACCUAUAACCUCCGUAAGAGGAUUGUCUUUCGAAAGAUCAGUGAUGUGAAACGAGAGGAAGAAGAGCGCCUGAGACGUAAAAAUGAGGCACCUCUGAACCUGCCACCGGAUCAUCCCGUACGAAGACUCUUUCAGCGUUUUAGACAGCAGAAGGAAGCCCGCAUGGCAACUGAUAAACCUGACCUAGAUGAGCAUGAUAUAGAGAAAGGCCCUGUUUAUGUUGAGGCCCCCACAGUUAAAAGCUCUAUUGCCACCACCAGCAUUGUCACAGUAACAGAAAGCCCAGCAACACCUUCAUCUUCAACACCCCCCAACUCUACCCCCUCGGAUAAAGCCAAGCUCCAACCACCUUCUCCCAUUGCAUUUGUAGCAUGUCGGCCAGCCGAGCCUGUGAAAGUCAAAGGUUGGGGUCGUUUCAAAGAGUCCAUGGCCAAGGCCGACAACUGGAACAAAGUGUCUAAGGCCGAAUCCAUGGAAACAUUGCCUGAACGGACCAAAGUGCAUGAAUCACAGAUGUCUCUAAAGAAGACAGACUCCUGUGACAGUGGUAUCACCAAAAGCGACCUGCGCCUGGACAAAAUGGGUGAUUUCCGCACAACACCACAGGACCGCAGUCCUGUACAGCCGGAGACCAGGCAUACCUUCUACCCCAUCCCAGAGCAAACACUUCAGGCCUCACUUCAGGAGUUCAAACUGGAGCUGAAGGACGACCUCAAGAACCUGAAUGUCCGAAUGUCUGGCCUGGAGGCGCAACUCACAGAAGCACUUAAGCUCCUCAAGGCGAGGAGAGAUGCUGCUGGCUCUCCACAGCCUCUCUUUGAGAUUUCCAGACCCAAUUCACCAGAGCUGGACAAAGAGGACAUCUUCUCUUAA